ACACACACAUACACUCAUCCAUCAAGCAACCAACCGACCAGCCAGCCAUCCAUCCAAUUGUCUGAAUUAGCGUAACAUCAUAACAAUGUCGGAAAACAAAGAAGAAAUAUUAGCCAAUUUUCAGAGCAUAACGGGAAUCGAUGAUGUUGGGGAAGCAUUUUCUCAUUUGGAAGAAUGUAAUUGGGAUUUGAUGGCCGCCAUUCAACGUGUUAUACCUCAAGAGGAUCCAACACCACAGGCUGCUGCCGCUGCAUCAGCAACACCACCAUUACGAUCGGAAAAUAAUUUAUCUUCAAUACGCAAUGCCACAAGUAGUUCAACAUCAGCAUUAAAUGACUUUAGUUUGGCCCCCGGUCCAUCAAAAAAUUGCCCGCGUUGGCUUAAGAAUGCUUCGGCCAACAAUUUGGGAAGCUCAGCUGCAGAAAGUGCAUUUGUGCCAGUUGCCUCAACAUCUGCUGAUCCCGAUAUUAUCGAUCUCACAUCCGAUAUGGAUUUGGCUGAAAAUCGUGCAUCGACAGCAUUCUCAUCAUCAUCGACAUCGGCAAAGCAAAUUUUAUUCAAUAUACAUUUUGAUCAACAAAUCUAUGAUAUACGACUGCCCUCCAGUGCCACCAUAGAACAAUUGAAAAAGAAAGUUCAUGAUGCAACUGGAGUACCAAUAUGUCGUCAAGCAAUACGCGGCUGGCCGCCUGCUAAAUUACAUGAUGCUCAAAUACCAACAACAAAAUUAUCCACCUUAGGUUUAUCGCCUGAGAAUGAGUUGAUCUUAAUUGAUUUAACCGAAGAGGGAUAUAUGGAUUUCGAAAACGAUGAAGUAUCCAGUCGUUUGGAGAAAAAUUUUGUACUUACAAUUGUUCAACAACCAAGUGGCAUACGAAACGAAUUGAGUUUUUCGGGUAGGACAACAGUGCAAGAGGUGAAAACAAAUGUUUAUUAUGUCACAGAUAUACCAGUUAGACAUCAGGAAUGGACUGGUUGGCCACAUGGUUGUGAUAAUGAUACAACAUUGGCGCAAUCUGGCAUACAAUUGGCUCAUAAUUUUAUUCUACAUAAUGCUGCGGAUAAAAUGCGCAAUAAUGCUAAUAAUUCAUCUUCCACCACAAGAAGUUCCAAUGCCGUUGGACUCGAUACAGACAGUUCGGCUGAUGAAUUUGAGGAUGCAUCAGAUUUUAAUGCCAGUGAAGAAUUCUUCACCGAUCCAUUACCAGUACAACCAACAACAAGACAUUUAAUUCCCAAUAACACAGAUAGCGAAAUUACUGGAUCCCUUAAGUUCAUUGAAAACUAUAAACAACGAUUUGGUGAACCAUGUCCCAUGUUCUUUCCCGGCAGUCUGGAGGAUGCUCUUAAAGAGGCCUGUCACAAACCAGCCAGAGAGCGUAAAUUAUUGGCAAUUUAUUUACAUCAUGGCGAAAGUAUUCUAACAAAUGUCUUUUGUGAUCGUCUUAUGAAACAUGAAAAUAUUCUACAGCAAUUUGCCGAACAUUUUAUUCUAUAUGGCUGGGAUUUAACAUAUGAAAGUAAUAAACAUUUAUUCUUAUCAUCGGUUACCGCAUGCAUUAGCAAUACAGCCUCAAUUACGGUACGCAAUAUAUCCGUAGAUAAAUUGCCAUCAAUAUUGGUAAUUGGUAAAAGUCGUUUAUCGGGUCGCUCCUCAUGUGAAGUUUUAUCUGUGAUUCAUGGCAAUGUUGAUUUGGAUGAUCUUCUAUCACGCCUCUGGGAAUCCGUUGACAUGUACAAUGAUCAUUUGAAAGUUGAAAUUGCCGAAGAAGAUGCUCGUGCGGCCCGUGAUCAAGUUAAGGCCGAACAAGAUAUGGCCUAUGAACAGACACUACAAGCAGAUAUUGCCAAAGAAGCUGCUAGACGGCAAAAAGAGGCAGCCAUUGCAGCGGAACGUCAACGUUUAGAAUCGGAAAAGGCAGAAGAAGCGGCCAGACGAGAAUCGAUUAGAAUUGUGGCUGAACAAUCAUUACCCAAAGAACCAACUGAAACAGAGACCAAUAUUUCCAAAAUUCGUGUACGCAAACCGACUGGGGACUUUUUGGAACGUCGUUUCUAUACUGAAAAUACAUUACAGGACCUUCUAAAUUUUGUCGCAUCAAAGGGUUUUCUUAUCGAUGAAUACAAAGUGAUUUCCAGUUGGCCAAGACGUGACCUCACGGCCAUCGAUAGCAGUCAGACAUUGCAAUCGUUAAAAUUAUAUCCUCAAGAGACAGUUAUCUUGGAAGAACGAUGAUUUUAAACUCAUAUAUA